AUGAACGUAAAAAGGUUCCUCUCUGAUUCCUUCAGGAGGAACAUUGAUAACAAGAUCAACACAAUCAUCAUUAAUCAUAAUAUUGUUAAAAAACAGAGCUUAACAGACACAAAAACUUCAGCAAGAGAAGCAACUUUUGAAAUUGACAGCUCAGCAGAACUUACAGAGGAUGAUGCAUGUGCAAUUUAUAAACGUAAAUGUUCAGACUUAGAAUUAAUACCUAAUGACUCAUCACAAUUAAGGUUUGUUGAACAAUUUUUGAAUUCAAUCCGUAAGAAGACAUUAAACUUCACUGGACUUGGUCUUGGACCUCUUUCAUCCCAAUACCUUAUGGCUCUUCUUCCAUUUAAGCGCCCAUUUUAUUUUAUGGAUUUAUCUUUGAACCGCCUUUCAGAUCAAGGUGCAAGUUAUCUUGCUGAAUAUCUAUCAUAUGAUCCACUCUUAAUACAAUUAGAUCUUAAGUCAAAUAACAUUGGCAUCGAUGGCUGCGUCCAAAUCUUCGAAGGAUUAAUGCACAAUCAGCAUCUUACUACACUUGACUUAAGUGCAAUUGAUGGUAUAGAUAGAAAUAGAAUUGGCACUCCUGGUUGCGAAGCACUUGCAAAUCUUCUUCUUUCAAAUGGCGUUCUUUGUAAUCUGAAUAUAGCGAUGUGUGGAGUUACUGCUGAAGGAUGUCAUCACAUAGGUCAGGCUCUUCCAAACAAUACUUCUCUCACUCAUUUGGAUCUCUCAUCAAAUAGAUUUGGCUCGGCAGGAGCAAAUUCUAUGUUUUCUCAGCCAGGAGCACUUGGAGCUCUAGAAAGUCUUGUCCUUUCUCGUAAUCUCAUUGGAGAUGAUGCUGGUCCAGCACUUGUCACUCAACUUUCACGUGCAAAGUCACUGAGAUACUUAGAUUUAUCAAGAAACAACUUCACGAAAGGCUUUUUAAAGUACAUUCUACAAGCUUACGAUAAUGGCUGCCGAGUCAGCAAUUUAUCACUCGCUCAUAACAAAUUAAAUGAAAGUUUAGAAUAUCUUUGUCAUGUCCUUAAGACAUAUUCCAAGAUAAGGAUCUUAAAUCUAAGUGGAAACAAAAUCGGAGACAAUGGAAUUAUUAAAUUAAUGGAAAGUCUUGAACAAAACACUUCUUUGUCAAUUCUUGAUCUUUCUCAAACAGAAUGUACAAGUAAAGGCGCCGCUGCAAUCUCAGUUGUCCUUGCAAAUGGUGUAACUCCAAUUCAAAAACUUUAUUUGAACAACAACAAAAUUUCUGAUGACGGUGGCGUCAGGUUAUUUGAAGCCAUUGAGAACAACACAACAUUAGUUUCUAUCUCAUUAAAGAACAAUGAAAUGAAAGAUAAAACUGCUGCUACACUCAUCAAAAUCCUGAAAACAAAUACAACAAUUGGAGAUAUCGAUGUAACAAUGAAUGAUUUCUCAUAUAGAUCAUAUGUAAAAGUUGCAUCUUUAAUCGAAGAACACAAGAAGACAUUGAACUCUAACAUAGCAGGUGUUGCAGAGCGUCAUGUCGAUUUCCUUAAAGGAGAAGAAAAGAGAUUGAUGAAGUUUAGAGAAGACAUAAAAGAACAAGAAUCAAUUGUCGAACAAACAUCGGUACAAAAAUCACUUCAUCUUGAGGAAUUGAGUAACUUAAAGAACUCGUGUGAAGAACAAUUGAAGAAGAUGGAAGGUGAAUAUGAAGCAGCAAGAGAAGCACAUACAAAAGCCACUGAUUUUAGAUUAGAAACUUACAAUGAAACAAAUAAACUCAAAAUGGAUUUGGAAAGAGUACAAAGUGAGUUAAGAAGAGACUUCGAGAACAAAGCAAGUAACAGACAAAGAGCUGAGAUGAAACUCAAGCAAGCACAAGAUCAGAGAAAAGAACAAGAAGAAGCUCAUAAAGCAAAAAUGGAUGAAUUAAAUGAAAUGCUUAACAAUAACUUGAAAGCUUUGAAUGAUUUCAUUAAAGGAACUAUGGCUCAAAAGGAGAGUAUAUUGCAAGCUGAAAGAGAUGCCGAAGAAGCGAAGAAACGUGAAGAAGAAGAGAAACUCCAAGAAGAAAAGAAAGCUGCAAAAGGAAAGAAAUCGACAAAGAAGAAAAAGACAAAAACUGAAAAGACAGGUACUGAUGACAAAGAAAAGAAGCCGAAGAAGGACAGGGCUUCUAGUCUCAGACCACAAUCUGCAACAAAAACGCCAAGAAGGGCUAUGUUACAAUAA